AUGGCACUUUUCCUCCGGCAAGUAUGGGCUCUCACCAUGAAGGACUUGAGAAUCAUUCUAUUUGGGCCCUGGAUCUCUACGCCCAUCCGGGCGUUCAUAUUUCCAAUUUUGUUUUCUGUUUUUCUAUGCUACACUAAAAACCUCUUCUCUCCUCCGACAGAGCAAGGCAUCGGCCAGCCGCACAAGGUCAGAUCUCUUCCAGAUGCCCUGAGUAAUGCUUCCGGCGGUCGAGAACAACUCGUCUUCGUAGACAAUGGUUUCCGCGCCGGAGAGAUUGAACAAGUUAUUUCAAAUCUCAUGGUCUCCAUCAAUAGCACGGAAAUCGAGAUCAACGUGUUGAUAAGCGAAUCAGAACUGCUGGCCCAAUGCCAGAGCGCAAGCAGCGGGUCAUCAAAAUGUAUCGUGGCAGCCACAUUUCACUCGUCGCCAUCCGAGGGCGAGAGUGGCAGAUGGAACUAUACAAUUCGCGCCGACGGCUCGCUCAAAGGUGGCCCAAAUGCCCAGUCAGAGGACAAUGAUGCCCAAAUUUACACGUUGCCAUUGCAGCGCGCCAUAGAUCUGGCCAUUGCUGGUUACAUGCACUCAACGUCUCAAGUUGUAUCUGAGAUUCCAUUUACCUCAAUGACUAAUGAGGACCAGAGACUGCUAAUACAUGAAGGGUUCAUGGACAGAACCGACAGGAUACUGUCCAUUGCCUACUUUAUUGCCAUGGUUGGGGUUCUAUAUCAGCUAGCCGGACGUGUCGCGACGGAGAGAGAGAUUGGCAUGGCACAGCUCCUUGACACAAUGAUGCCCAACACUCGCCGCUGGGAGACUCAGGCUGCACGCUUGUUGUCCCACCUUGCCGCCUUUGUAUUCGUGUACGCGCCAGGCUGGAUCGCCAUAGGCGCCGUCAUCGGGGCCAUGUCUUUCACGAACACAUCCAUCAUAAUCCCGAUCUUGUCCCAUCUACUGGCUGGAAUCUCGCUCACUGCAAACGGUCUCUUCUUUGGCUGCUGCUUUCAAAAGUCACAGAUGAGUGGCUUCACGGCAGUCAUCGUGAGCGUGAUUCUGGCAGUUGGUGCCCUUGUCUCUGGAGACAUUGCAACCGGCUGGAUUGUCUUCUUCUCCCUCUUCCAAGCUGCUAGCGUUGUCGCGUCUCUCCCGUCAGGCCACCCCAACGUAUCCAUACUCGUAUUCUGGGUCUUUGCCGUCGUUCAUGUAGUCACCUAUGUCCUUGGAGGCGGCCUCGUCGAGAAGUUCUCCUGGGGCACCGCAUCCAGCCGGCGUACAGUCCAGCCACCAGACCUUGCAGUUGCUGUCCGGCUACGCCAGUUCACAAAAACAUAUAGCGCAAGCGCUCUGCAGAAGUUUUUCAGCUUUGUCACUCGGACACCGCCGGAAGACUUUACGGCCGUUGACCAGCUCAGUCUGGAGGUAGUUCGAGGAGAGAUCAUGGUACUCCUAGGCGCCAACGGCAGCGGCAAGUCUACGACCCUUGACUCCAUCGCCGGAUUGCAAGCGCCCACCUCUGGAUCGAUCGAUUUAAGCUUUGCCUCGACUGGGGUGUCUUUCGGUCACUGCCCCCAGAAGAAUGUCUUGUGGGAGGAGCUCACCGUCCGCCAGAACAUUGCGAUAUUCGACGGCAUGAAGUCCAUAUCAAAAAAGUCGUCUCAAGCGCAGCUGGCAGAACUGAUUGAAGCUUGUGACUUGACGAAAAAGGCAUCUUCCAAGGCUGGAUCACUGUCUGGCGGUCAGAAGCGCAAGUUGCAGCUGGCGCUCAUGUUUGCUGGAAACUCAACACUGUGCUGCGUGGACGAAGUGUCCUCGGGCGUCGAUCCAUUGUCACGUAGAAAGUUAUGGGACAUUCUACUGCGUGACGUGGGUCAGAGGACCAUUCUUCUCACUACACACUAUCUGGACGAGGCAGACUUCCUUGCAGACCGGAUUGCUAUGCUAUCACAUGGUGUGCUCAAGGUGAGUGGAACGCCAGUCGAGCUGAAAGAACGCCUUGGGACAGGAUAUAAAAUCAGAGUUCAUGAUGGUUUGGUGUCGAACAGUUCUAACCCACACGGCGAUACGACCGACAACUCUGAGCGCGUUUUUACUACCGGCAACCCGCAGAAUACUUGUCGCUUGCUAAGAAAGCUGGAGGCUCAGGGAGUAUCGGACUACCAAGUAGACGGGCCAACUCUGGAAGAUGCCUUUCUAAAAGUUGCUAGCGAGGAUUCCUGGCCACAGCCGACUUCCCUACAAACUACGGAAGAAGUCCGUCGAUCGACGGCCGCAUUUGUCAAUGAAACGUAUGAACCGAGCCCCAAGCAGGGAAACAUGUCUGCUCUACACAGCGGCCGAAAGACCACGAUACUCACGCAAAUGAAGAUUUUGCUCUACAAGCGCUUCACCCUUUUCCGAAGGAAUCCCAUAUUACACUUGGCCUCUAUGCUGAUUCCUAUCGUUGCGGUGUCCUGCUGCACCAUCUUCCUUCGCAAUAUGUCUGUCGCGAGCUGUGCACCUGAUGAUGCCGCACAGGGUCCAGCUACUGAUGCUUCUCUUUCAAUCAGCAACAUGCGCUUCAUCGCAGGUCCCAAAGACAGAGUAUCGACCAAUAGCAUUGGAAGGGCCCUUGGUGGUCAGCCACGCGAAGUCAUCAUGGUCGACACCUUGGCCGAGUUGCAUGACAAGGUCAGAGUUGAGUUUCGCAACUUGACAGGAGCCAUUUACCUGGGCGAUGAACCUACCUUUGUCUGGCUUGCGGAAGAGUCGCCUGCAUUCGGCCAUGUCACUCAAAACCUGAUCGACAACCUUCUGCUGAAUGAGACUAUCGCGAGCACCUUUGAACCCCUCAUGACGCCUGAUACCGGCGAUACAGGCAGUCUCAUCAUAGUGACGACCAUCUGCGGUCUGGCCAUGGCUGUCUAUCCUGCUUUACUUGGCCUGUAUCCUGUCUUUGAAAGACUCAAGGGUAUCCGAGCCAUGCACUACAGUAACGGAAUUCAAGCUCUUCCUCUCUGGCUUGCUUACUUGACCUUUGACUUCUUCGUCACUCUAGUAGUCAGCACCAUCGCCGUCAUAGUCUUGAGCGCAUCAACGAGCGUGUGGUAUCACCUUGAGUAUCUGUUUGUCGUCUUCUUACUGUACGGGGCUGCCUCAACCUUAUCGUGUUACGUCCUAUCUCUAUUCGUCUCGUCUCAACUUGACGCAUUCGCGAUUGGCGCCGCAGUGCAAGCAGCGGCAUAUUUCAUCUUCUUUGUGGCGAAUACGAUUACCUUUUCUACUAAUACGGACCCAUCGUCUCUCAAUACGACUUUGAACACGAUAUUCUAUUCCCUUGGGUUCCUUACUCCUGCCUUUAGCAUGACCCGAGCUCUUUACGUCUCCCUCAACAUGUAUGGGAUUUCCUGCCAAGACGACCAUUUGGCCAGUUACCCUGGAAGUAUCGGUGUCUAUGGUGGACCGAUACUGUAUCUCUGCCUCCAAUCAAUAGCUCUGCUUGGUCUACUGUUCUGGAAAGAGGCAGGUUACACCCCCCACCUUCCAACCAAUCUUCGGUCAAGGGCGGAACGUCUAAGUGAUGAGGAAGGGAUGGAGCUGAGUUCUCAUGCGUCACAUAGCAAUGUGUACUGGUCAAACGACACAAGCUGCCUCGAGGCUACCCAUCUACAAAAGGACUUUGGAAAGUUCACUGCUGUCGACGAUGUGACACUUGCCGUGCCAAAGAGUACUUGCUUUGCCCUCUUGGGCCCCAACGGUGCCGGCAAGACGACCUGCAUCUCCAUGAUCAGAGGUGAUGUGCCCCCCAGCAGUCGAAACACUGAGAUUCUAGUCGACGGCUCAUCCAUGCUCAAGCAUCGCCAAGAAGCAAGAUCCAAGCUCGGCGUGUGUCCUCAGAUUGAUCCGCUCGACAACAUGACCGUCAUGGAGCACCUCCGCUUCUACGCCGACGCCCGCGGGCUGCAAGACCCAAUGCACAACAUCAGCACGCUGCUGCGCGGUCUUGGCUUGUCUGAAUUUAGCAACCGCAUCGCCGCCAGGCUCUCAGGCGGGAACAAGCGCAAGCUCUCCCUGGGCAUCGCGCUCAUGGGUAACCCUUCCGUGCUGCUCCUGGACGAACCUUCUUCGGGAAUGGACGCCCUGAGCAUGCGUCUCAUGUGGCGCGUGCUUGCCGGGGUCACACCAGGGAGAGCGCUCGUCCUCACGACGCACUCGAUGGAGGAGGCGACUGCUCUAGCCAGUCACAUCGGUAUCGUUGCCCGGAAGAUGCUUGCGCAAGGGUCUGCAGAGGAGCUGAGGCAAAAGUAUGGCGGUGGGUACGUCGCUCACAUCCUACACGACGACGCUCCCCACACUAGGACAGAGGAUAUGGCGGCCAUCUGGGCGUGGAUGGUUGGCACCUUUUCUGGCGCCAGCAAUCUGGACCGGGGGGUGCAGAGACGGGGACAGAUGCGUGUUGAAAUUCCGCUGUCGACUUCCAGCGGACUACGGAGGUCGCUGGCCGAUAUCAUGGAGAGGAUGGAGCUGGGGAAGAGGGCUCUAGGAAUCCGGCAUUAUAGUCUGAGCAGGACCACGCUCGAUCAUGUGUUUUUUACCGUCGUGGGAGAACAUGAUGAGUGA